AAGAGCUCCGACUGACCGUCCCGCAUCAUGUCCUCAGACGUCCAGCUGCGCGAGCAAACGGACCAGGAGAGCAGCGACCCCGCGGGCGCCAGGACAUACUGAGAGCAGGUUUCAGAAGUCAACGUCCUGCCCAUAGUGAUCUGAGCGGCUGUACCUGAGCGAGCUCACCAUGGAUACAAUAAACUUCACCUUCUGGAAUGCCUCAGACGGCAACGAGACCAUGGAGACGGUGGACGAGAGUCCCUAUAAGACAGUGGAGGUGGUGUUCAUUGUACUGGUGGCCGGAUCGCUGAGUCUGGUGACUGUGAUUGGGAACAUCCUAGUCAUGCUCUCCAUCAAGGUAAACCGGAGUCUGCAGACCGUCAACAACUACUUUCUGUUCAGCCUGGCCUGCGCCGACCUCAUCAUUGGCCUUUGCUCUAUGAACUUAUACACAGUCUAUAUUGUAAUCGGAUAUUGGCCAUUAGGCCCGGUUGUGUGUGAUUUGUGGUUGGCGCUGGAUUAUGUGGUUAGCAAUGCCUCUGUGAUGAACUUGCUGAUUAUCAGCUUCGAUAGAUACUUUUGUGUCACCAAGCCACUCAGCUACCCAGUCAAGAGGACCACUAAGAUGGCAGGAAUGAUGAUUGCAGCGGCAUGGGUGCUGUCGUUCAUCCUUUGGGCUCCGGCCAUCCUGUUCUGGCAGUUUAUCGUCGGCGGGCGCACGGUGCCAGAGAAGGAGUGCUACAUUCAGUUCUUCUCCAAUGCCGCGGUUACUUUUGGCACAGCUAUAGCUGCUUUCUACCUGCCCGUCAUCAUCAUGAUGGUGCUCUACUGGCAGGUUUCCCGCGCCAGCAAGAGUCGUGUCAAGAAAGACAACCGCAAGCCAUCAGGCGGCAACCUUGAUGUAGCCUCGUCCAAUCAGAUCCGUGAAAACUCAGCCAACAAACCCACCAACAACAAUCUGACAGCUGAAGAAACAGAUCGAGGACAGACCCAGCUAACAGAUGACACUAUUAACCAACAUGAUGCCAAGCUACAGAACGGCAAAGCGCCAUCUACGGCGAGCGGAGAAGCGGAAGAAGCAGGACAAGCAAACUGCAUUCCUGCCGAGGAGAAGGAAAGCUCUAAUGACUCCACUUCAGGAAGUGGUGCUGUAACCAAUCAAAAAGAAGAGGCGGCGCCACCAUCAGCAGCAGCAGCCAAUGACAGCCAGGCUUCAACAAGACACCGCGCCAAAGCUGGCGGAUCCAAACUAACAUGCAUCAAGAUCAUCACCAAAUCACCAAAAGGAGAUUGUUAUGCGCCUUCAAAUGCGACGGUGGAGAUCGUGCCGGCAGUCGAAAGGCAGAACCACGUGGCGAGGAAAAUAGUGAAGAUGACCAAACAGCCGCCCAAAAAGAAAAAAGCCCCGUCCUCCAGGGAAAAGAAGGUGACGCGCACCAUCAUGGCCAUCCUGGUGGCGUUCGUGGCUACUUGGACGCCUUACAACGUGAUGGUGCUGAUCAACACCUUCUGCUCCAGCUGCAUCCCCAACACGGUGUGGACCAUCGGAUACUGGCUCUGCUACAUCAACAGCACCAUCAACCCGGCCUGCUACGCCCUGUGCAACAUCACCUUCAAAAAGACCUUCAAACAGCUGCUGCUCUGCCAGUACAAGAACAUUCGCUCCACCCGAUGAGUGGCGGCGCAUGUGUGUGUGAGUGUGUGUGUGUGUAUGCUGUAUAUUGUGUUCUGGUGACACAGGUCUAUGUGUGUGGACGUGUGAGUAAUUAUCAAACAGAGAUUGACCCAUUGACAUCCAUCAUUUAAAGUUCUACAAAUACUCAAAUUACAACGCUGCAAAUCAGACUGCAGUACACACUUUACCAUCUUUAAAGAGAUAGUUCAUGCACAAAUUAGAACGAUGUCAACAUUUACUCCAUUCAAUUUAAGUUUAUUAAACAAUAAUUACUGUUUUAGAGCUGCACGGUGGCGCAGUGGGUAGCACGAUCGCCUCACAGCAAGGUCGCUAGUUCGAGCCUUGGCUAAGUGAGUUGGCAUUUCUGUGUUUGCAUGUUCUCCCCGUGUUCGUGUGGGUUUCCUCUGGGUGCUCAGGUUUCCCCCACAGUCCAAAAAAAAACAUGCGCUAUAGGUGAAUAGGGUAAGCUAAAUUGUUCGUAGUGUAUGAGUGUGAAUGAGCGUGUAUGGGUUUUUCCCAAUGAUGGGUUGCACCUGAAAAGGCAUCCGCUGUGUAAAACAUAUGCUGGAUAAGUUGCUGGUUCAUUGUGGAUUACUAAAGGGACUAAGCCAAAAACGAAAGGAAUGAAUGAAUAAUGAUUGUUUUGAAGCAGCUCCACAAAAAGUGCACAUUACUGCAUUACAAUCAAACUCAGAAAAGUUAAGCUACUCAGUCUUCACUGGGGCUAAACUUAUUUGAGUUUCUUCCUUGAUUUGAGCUUUGACAUGGGCAUGGCCAAUUUGAUAUGGGCAGGAGAACUGACUAAAACCUCAUAUCAGGUGAAUAAUAUACAGUUAUCAACAUUCGAAAAAUCAAAAAUGUUUUCAAAAUUGGCUUUGAAAGAAUGGGAGUUGUUCAAUAGUUUGAGGACAAUUUUGUUGAAAGGUGAUGAUCCACUUCAAAUGUUGACUACUGUAUAUCACGAUAUAAUAGCGUUUCUGUAAAUUCAAUCAAUUGUACUCACCUUUAUUCAGUGUCGUAGCGGAUGGGGGGGUUGGACCCGCUUGAUGAGGGGGUCCUGUGUGGUCCACCCCCCACUUUUCAGUAUGAGCAAUUCCAACCCCCCCACCCCGAUCUUCAGUUCGCGAUCGCCGUCAGCCCUCCUUCACCUGGGGCCCCUAUCACAAAAUUUUUGCAGGGGGGGCCACGCAUUUUACAUUACGCCACUUCCUUUGUUAUACUACAUCUAAAAGAAAAGUAUAUACUCAUAAACCUACUCAUUUGUGAUCAUAUUUAUCAUUUUAUUUAGAACUUUAUUUAGGCACCAAUAGCCUAGUGGUGAGUGCGCCGACAUAUAGCACCCAGAUGCUCACGGUGACCAGAAUUCAAUUCCUGGCUUGAGGUCCUAUGCUGAUCCUUCCCCUCUCUCUGCUCCCCAUACUUUACUGUCUGUAAAUCUCUACUGUCCUAUCAAUAAAGGUGAAAACCCCUAUAAAAAUAAUUUUUAAAAAAAGAUUUAGCUAUUUUAAAUGAUUAAAAUAUCUGAAUGCCAAAUGUAAAUGUUGUACUUUCAAGAUUGCAUCUUUCUCAAGAUGCUGUUAUUCAUGUUUCUGUCUGCAUCCACGUAAUGGCGUGUGAUAUUGCAGACAUAUAAAUUAUGAAAAAGUACUACAGUAAAGUUGCAGCUGGAAGGGCAUCAGCUGCGUAAAAACCAUAUGCUGGAUAAGUUGGCGGUUCAUUCCGCUGUGGCGACCCCUGAUUAAUAAAGGGACUAAGCCGAAAAGAAAAUGAACGAAUGAAUGAAUUACAGUAAACAAUGAAUUUUGUGACACCACAAAUAGAGCAGGGGUUCACAGUCUCACUCCUGGAUAUCCGCUGUCCUGCAGAUUUUAGCUCCAACCCCAAUCAGACACGCCUGGGCUAGCUGAUCAAGCUCUUAAUAGGCUUCCUAGAAACAUCCUUGCAGGUGUGUUGAGACAAGUUGGAGCUAAAAUCUGCAGGACACCGGAGCUCUAGAACCGAGUUUGGGAACCCAUGCAGCAGAGCAUAAUAAGAAAUUAUUCAUUCAUUCAUUUUACUUCGGCUUAGUCCCUUUAUUCAUCAAUGAACCGCCAACUUAUUCAGCAUAUGUUUUUCACAGCGCAUGCCCUUCCAGCUGCAACCCAGUACUGGGAAACACCCAUACACAUUCACACACACACACACACACACACACUUAUAUACUACGGCAAAUUUAGUUAAUCAAUUCCCCUAUAGCGCAUGUUUUUGGACUGUGGGGGAAACCGGAGCAACACGGGGAGAACAUGUAAACUCCACACAGAAACACCAACUGACCCAGCUGGGGCUUGAAC